UCAGUUUCUUUUUCUCUUUCUUUGCGCACGGUUCAGUGGUAGGAAAACUAGGAGGAAUCGUUUAGUAAAGUCCCGAAAUCCGUUCGUUAUUCCUCGACUCGAAUAAAACCAAUAUACAUAUAUUAAAUAAACAAAAGUAAAAGGAAUCCUCAGAGAAUAACGUGUUAAAAGUAGCAAAUUAGUGUGCAAUCAGUAAAGAAAGCAGAGACCCAAACAAAGUUUGAAAGUUGUAAACCAGAAUCUCGUCGAGAACAAAACAAAAAUCCCCCCCAAAAAAAUCAAACACACACACAGCAAAAAUGAGUGUCUGUGAGAGCAAAGCCGUUGUGCAACAGCAACUGCAGCAGCACUUGCAGCAACAGGCAGCCGCAGCAGUUGUUGCGGUGGCGCAGCAGCAGCAGGCGCAGCAACAGGCUCAAGCCCAGGCUCAAGCACAGGCUCAGGCUCAGGCGCAGGCUCAGCAGCAGCAGGCGCCGCAGGUGGUGGUUCCAUUGACCCAACCCCAUUUGACCCCGCAGCAGCAGCAGCAGAGCACACAGAGCAUUGCCGACUAUCUGGCCCAGUUGCUCAAGGACCGCAAGCAGCUGGCUGCCUUCCCCAACGUCUUCACCCACGUUGAACGACUCCUGGAUGAAGAAAUUGCACGCGUGCGCGCCUCACUGUUCCAGAUCAAUGGGGUCAAGAAGGAGCCACUGACUCUGCCCGAACCCGAGGGCUCUGUGGUGACGAUGAACGAGAAGGUUUAUGUGCCAGUGCGUGAACAUCCAGAUUUCAACUUUGUCGGUCGCAUUUUGGGACCCCGUGGCAUGACCGCCAAGCAAUUGGAGCAGGAGACCGGCUGCAAGAUCAUGGUCCGAGGCAAGGGUUCCAUGCGCGACAAGAAGAAGGAGGACGCCAACCGUGGCAAGCCCAACUGGGAGCAUCUGUCCGAUGACCUGCAUGUCCUGAUAACCGUCGAGGACACCGAAAAUCGGGCCACCGUCAAGUUGGCCCAGGCCGUGGCCGAAGUGCAGAAGUUGCUCGUGCCGCAAGCCGAAGGCGAAGAUGAGCUAAAGAAACGUCAACUUAUGGAAUUGGCGAUUAUUAACGGCACUUAUAGGGAUACAACAGUGAAAUCUGUCGCAGCUUUUUCAUGCGUUGGCUCUGCUUCUUAUCUGUAUCCCGCAGUGUGCGAUGAGGACUGGCGCCGCCUGAUGGCCUCCGACAGCCGCCUGCUGACGCCCACCGGCCUGCCCGGCCUUGCUGCCCAGAUUCGCGCCCCCGCCUCCGCCCCGCUGGGUGCCCCAUUGAUCCUGAAUCCACGGAUGACCGUCCCCACAACGGCGGCCAGCAUAUUGUCCGCCCAGGCCGCUCCGACAGCCGCCUUCGAUCAGACCGGCCAUGGAAUGAUCUUCGCACCGUACGACUACGCGAACUACGCCGCCCUCGCCGGCAAUCCUCUGCUCACGGAAUAUGCUGAUCAUAGCGUAGGCGCCAUUAAGCAGCAGCGUCGUUUGGCGACUAACCGCGAACAUCCCUAUCAGCGAGCAACGGUCGGAGUGCCAGCCAAGCCGGCGGGUUUCAUUGAAAUACAGUAAAUCAACACGUCCAAAUCACACGUUUAAAAUCAGAAGUUCAAUUUUUUUUAUAUCACAUCAUAUCAACAGAAGCAACUUUAAAUCCUUUUAUCAAUACUUUCGAGAACGAUUGUGUUUGCCUGCCCUUAGAUUGCGUUCACCAGGCAACCAAUCAAUUUAGUUAAAUUGUUUUAACUUUCCGCUAUUUAUUUUGAUAUCUAUGCUGCUCAUUAAGUCCCCCUCCAUUUCCCCUUUCCCCAAACCCAAACUGUAUAUCCGAUGAAACCUGGCCGGAAACGUUGGCCAGGCCAGGCCGCUCUGCCCUGAUCAGAGUUCCGCAAAACAAUUGUCAAGCGCACCGCCUCCACAGAUGAGCACGGAAUCAGCCCAGCAGCAGCAUCCCCGACUGGCCAAAAGCAGAGCCGAGUGUGUGUUGUGUAUGUGCAUAUCUGAAGCUAACAAAAAUCAAAAGCCAGAAAACUGAGCCACCACAUGUCACUGACACAGCUACUAAAACACCUACUUUACCCUGAACUCAGAAACCAUUUGCCACACGGGCAGCAGAUGCAGCACAUGCAACACUUGCAGCGGCACAGCAGCAACAGCAACAACAGAACAGCAGCAACAUCAGUAUGUAUUGAAUCUUGUGGCCAUGAAACUGUUACGUUUUGAUAGAAACAAAACAAGGCAAUUAAGCAAAAAAUUGAUAAGAGAAUCAAACAUAGAACUUAGUUUAAUUAACAUAAUCUAAUGGAAAAUACAAGUUAGUUCUUAGUGUAAAAGUUCAACGAACAAAAACAUACUUAAUGCAAACAUAUAUAUAUACAUAUAUUGUAUAUAUACAUAUAAUAUGCAUAUACAAGUCUGUAUAUAAUUACCCCAAAACCCCUUAACAAAAUUAAGGAAAAUCAUGUUAACGGAAUCUCAUCUAAAAAACUCUCCAUAAAAACAAAACUCUUUUAAUUUUUUUAUAUAUCUGCUUUUUUUAACUCAAAUUGCAAAAAUGAAUCUUUCACUAGUUAAACGAUAGUCGGUAGUCCUUUUUUCAUUAAAAACCUUUUAAGAAUUCAACUCACUAUUAUGUCGGAUACAGAUUUACAGCCGUCAAUUAAGCAUAAUCUAUUUUUGUUAAACUGACGCAAAUUCUUGUUAAUGAAGUAUUUUUUGAUUAUGUUAUACUAUAUCUAUAUCGUCUGAAUAGAAUUCCUACCCCACUUCAAAUUGAUUGUGUGAAAAGUAAGUGGGGGCGAAACAGGAAACAACAAUAUCAUAUUAAACUCGUCUAACAGCCAUAUUUAGUUAAUGAAACAAGCAUAAUAGGAUGAUAACAUCAAGCAUUCAUAAUGUACAAUUAAAAGCUAAACUUAAAUUAUUUUAAAUAUUUUAAAGCUAAUGUAUUAUAUGCAGAAAUAAACAAUAACUUACAUUUUUAAACGAAUAAUUGUUCUUGAAAGCAAUGCCACAAAAAGGAAUUCUUUAAUUUAAAAUAAACAUCACUCCGCCUAGAAUGGAAUCGGGCAUUGUUAAAACUCUUAACUUAAUAUGUAUCGUUUUUAUUUGUAAAUGUAAUAAAAUGAAUGCAGAAAGAUUAGAAAAGAACAAAACUAGAAAGCGAAAGUAAAUUGCAUUUAAUUUAUGGUACAAAGCAACCGCUGCGACGUAAAGUUGUUGCAAAUUUUAUUUUAAAUUAAAGAAUUUUUACAAAUUUUUGUUGGGAGAAGGAAAUGUUAACAACAUGUGCCUUAAACAAGUUAAAGAAUUGGCACCAAUCAAAAUAAAUUUUUUUAAAAUUAAAUAAAAAGCAUACAGAAAAUCUGUUGAAAUUAUUCUGCAAAAUGUGAGACUUAUACUCAGAAACUACACGAAGUUCAACCAAACGGCAGUUGACUAACCUUAUAAUAAUAAACAUAAUUAUAAUUUAUAAUUCUUAUUGAUAAUAACGGCAAUCGUGCAAUCGUGGCAAUCCUUGCUUAUGAUGAGUUCAGAAUUGAUUUUAACAAGAGGGACGUGUAAUCCUCUCGAUGAUUGUGUAACAGAAAAAUAAUAAACUUUUGAAAUCAUUUAGUUAUAUGUUCAUUAUAAUAAUCGAAUGCUGUGCCUCUUAACAUCGCACCAGAAACAUGAAUCAUCCAUCGCCAGCAUUAUACUUUUAACUGCAUACUUUUGAGAAGGAAAUCAUCGAUUUAUUGUGAGAUAAUCCAUAUGUUCAAAACCUAAUAAUAUAUCAAAUACGCACAUGUAACUACCUGCAUAUAUACUAGUGUAUGUAUGUACGAUUAUGUAUAACUUUUUGCAUAAAUAAAUGUUUAUAAAAAAACUUAA